CGUCCUUCAUGCGAAAAACGUGCCGUGCUUGGCAACGACGUCGUUAUCGCCAAGAAACACCGAGAGAUAAACACAGAGAGACCGCCGGGGAUAGAAGAGACGAUGAAUGCCGGUAGUACCAUCGUGACCGUUCGUUCGUAAACACUUGUCGCGUGUUCGACGUACCGAGAUAAGGGAACAAAACGUCUCUUUCGUACCGCUCCACUUUCAAAUCCCCAUUUCGGGAUUUCCAAACGUUCGGAAAUCGUUGUGCGCGACGGCAGCGAGAGACAGUGCAAGUGAAAACCUCGUCCAGAUCGGUCUCUGUCUUUAUACACAACCGUUAUUUUCCAUCGUGCUGGCCCCCCAUCGCAGAGCAUCAUGACCACGGAACACGAGAACGACACCAGGGUGAGGUUAAGGAGGACCAAGAGCGUCACUAGAGCCGAGGAGAUCCAGAAUGCUGAGAUGAGGGUGCGCAAAUCACAGCCGGACAGACCAUGUCAUCGUCCCCGGGACAGUCUGUUCUCGUGGAGCUCUGGCUUCGACAACUUCACCGGGUUCGUCAACUGGGGCUUCCUCUUGUUGGGCAUCGGUGGAAUCCGAUUGCUGCUAGAAAAUUUCAUAAAAUACGGGAUAAGGGUGGAUCCGUGGCAGUGGUUUCUCUUCCUCAGUGGCAAGUACGAGGGCGGCGAGGAGCAUCCGUCGAUACUGCUUAUCAUCUAUUCCACGGUGCCGGUGGGUCUUUGUCUGCUGAUCGAGAAAGGACUGUCGGUGGAUAUCAUAGCUCACGGGCCAGGAAUGGUGUUCCACGUCGUAAACCUCAUCGUGAUGGUACUGAUGCCGAUGGUGGUCAUCCACGUGAAGGAUUCCGGAUUCAGCCUGUUCGGCGCCAUGUACGUGUGCAUGCUGUACGCCAUCCUGUUCCUGAAGCUCUGGUCGUACGUGCAGGUGAACAUGUGGUGUCGGUUGAGCAGUCAAAGAAAGACAGCCACGCAGGGUAGAAUGCGACGGCAGUCACUGUCCUACAAGAAUCUACUAUCUUUCGGCGUGAAACAAAACAGGUCGGAGGUCGACGACUCGAAGCACGACGUGGACGGUGCUCCCACGGCCUUGGUGAAAUAUCCGGACAACUUGAAUCUCCGUGAUCUUUACUACUUCAUAUUGGCGCCCACCCUCUGCUACGAACUGAAUUUCCCGCGGACACAAAGGAUUCGGAAAAGAUUCCUAAUUAAACGCAUCCUGGAGGUGGUGGUCGGCUGCCAAGUGGUGAUGUCGUUGUUCCAGCAAUGGAUGAUCCCAUGCGUGAAGAACUCCCUGGUCCCGUUCAGCAACAUGGACGUCGCGAAGGCCUCCGAACGUCUGCUCAAGCUGGCUAUACCGAAUCACCUGGUCUGGCUGUGCUUCUUCUACUUGAUAUUCCAUUCUUUCUUUAAUCUGUUGGGCGAACUGCUGCACUUUGCCGAUCGGAAUUUCUAUUGUGACUGGUGGAACGCAAAUAACAUCGACAUAUUCUGGAGAACAUGGAACAUGCCUGUACAUCGAUGGGCUCUGCGGCAUCUUUACAUUCCUAUGCUCGGGAUGGGAUAUCGUAGGACAGUCGGUUCUGUCACGGUGUUCUUCAUCAGCGCCUUCUUCCACGAGUACCUAGUCAGCGUGCCAUUGAAGACGUUCAAGAUCUGGGCAUUUAUGGGAAUGAUGGGACAGAUGCCAUUAUCGUUGCUCAGUAGGAUGGUGGAGCGUCACUGGGGCGCCAGAUGCGGCAAUAUCAUAGUCUGGGCGAGUCUUAUUAUCGGACAGCCACUUUGCAUAAUGAUGUAUUACCACGAUUACGUGGUAACUCACUUCGGCCAGAUACUUGUAGAGGACUAUUCGGUGGUGUAAAUUUGGGGAAACUGGAGACAUGUACAGGAAACGAUCAAGAAAUGGGGGUGGACAUAGAAUUUAUUUCGACGUGGGAACACCAGACUCGUCUCACUUGUUUGCGUCCACGAAUAAUUUUCGUUUUAACCGACGACUGGUGUGCAUAUACGCUUUUGUCUAGCGACUUUCGCCAUUUUGUAAACUAACUUUUCGAUGAUUGUUAAUGCAGAUCGGAUUUCGUUAUCUCGAUAAGAAAGGAGAACAUAGUAACGUUAAGGGAAAGUUGUGGAGUC